AAGCUCUACGAGUUCCCGGCGGUACCCUCCCUUGGUUGCCGUCGGGGACUCCUCGAGCCGCAUCGUGCGGAUAGGUGCUUACACACUCGUGUAUCUUACUGGCCCGAGCGCACCUCUCUGUUCUGAUCAGUUGUUCUUGCGUGCCCCUUCGUUGUGCGGCAUCAUGACAGUGCAAUUUUGUUCGAUUAGUUCUGUUUCGACCAGUUGGAAAAGAAAAACGAGGAGGGUCAAACUGGCGAUUUGCAGACAAGCUGUAUUUGAUGUUAUGCAGGUUCACGCUCGUGAUUCAUAUUUUGUGGCUGAUCCGAACACUUUCCCCGCGUUUGGCUGGUUUGAUAACCUCGAUGAUUGUGCGCGAAACCCAUGCCCUUUUCAGGGGAACUCGGAGGAGCAGGUCAAUCUAUUGUUGAGUUUCUUAUCGGUGCGAGAGCCGAAGACCAGUCAAAAAGAUGAGAACUUGGACUUGCAUCUGACUACUGAAGUUGCUUAUGUUGUUUUGCAGAACCUUUUGCCGCCGGCUGGCUCUGAUUAUUCGCAGAGACAGGAGCACAUCAUGAUGUUCCCGAUUCAAAGGUUCCCGCUGUAUCCGUUUCGCCAGUGUCAUCGUUCUCAGACAGAAUUUUGGAGUCCCAGGGGAGUGCAUCGCAUUCUUUACAAGUUGCAUGUGAUAUGAGGUGGCCAGCGCCUACACCUGAGGAGGAGGAGGAAGGAUAUUGCCAUCGCGCUCGUAAGUCGUCGUCGUCGUCGUCGCACAUUUCUUCAGAUGAGUUGCAGACCAAUCAAUCUGAGUGUCAAGCUGCCAGGGACUGGACCCUUGCCAAUGACGAUGCAGUUGCUGUUUGGCGGGAAUUCGAACGGCUCCCGAAAGAUGAGUUUCUUGCUAGGAUCGAGGCGCUCAAGGCAUACAAACUUCGAAUGGGAAUUGAGAGUUCCGAGGAGGCGCCGAGUCCUGAGGAGGAUGCUGGCCGUGGGAAAGGCCAGAGGCACCGCAGAAACAGGGGGCGGGCAAGGGCGAAGGCUCAGGCAGUUCUAACUGGCUCUUCUAUGUCAAAGUCGGCCCAUCCAUCUACUUGCGAUCCCCCCCAACCUCCGUCCUCUUUUCACGAUUCAGUUUCUUCAGCUCUACCCGUCCCAAUUGUGCCCUUCUGGCCCGAAGGCGACAAGGAGGCGGAGGUGGAUGUGUUGCAUACCAAUCAAUCAGAGUGCGAGGAGGACGCUGAUUCGGAUGCGGCCUUCCACGCAUGGGAUAAAAUGGCCACCCAGCGAGAGAGGGCAAAUUUCUACUUGAAGCAGGCUGCUCUGCACCGUUUGUGUGAGGCUUUGCACCGUGAUGGGGAGGAGGGCGCGGACAUCCAGAGACUCUGGGAGCAGUGUCGGUUGGACAAGAUAAGGAUGCACCGUAUUGCAGGGUGGUGCUUCGGGCAUUGGCGGUGCUUGACAUUCUAUUCAAGUGGUGCUCAACGGUUGAUGGAACAAUGCAUGCAGCACCACAUUAUGAACCUCCGUGUAACCUUUAGGCCUUAACUGUGGUUUUGCCGUUUCCGAUCUUGGAUGGAUGGAUGGAGGAUCCAACUUGCUGUUCAAGACUUUAACUUUGCUACGCCUGUGAUAUACAACGUAAGCAUGAACUAGUCGGCCUCCACGGUUUCUUCCUUGGAGGGCGGUCUGUGGAGGGAUAUGCUGCUGAUCGGCUGUUGCUUUGAUCAAUGCAGAGAAACGGCAUUGUAUGGCCGUGGAACACGUUUCGGGUAGCGUCUCAACCAGCUCUUACACCAUUCUCUAACCAGCUCCAACACCUUUGCAAUUUCACAUGUUGUGGGUGGAUUGCGUUUGCUCUCCUUCUUGUCAUCGCGUUGCAGUUUUCAUUUGAACGUUGCUUCAUUCGAGAGUGUCUCAUCACGGUGUGUUGCAUUCCGAUGCCUAUGCCAUUCUGGCUCGGCAGUGUGAUGAUAGGAGUUGGCCUCCUUAGUUCCCCAGUGCUCCGCCUUGAGGCUGAGGGCUCAGUUGUCACAGCUGUCCGCGCCCUGACUAAAACUCAAAAA